GUUCCAAUCUUCCCUGCUCUGCCACAGCUUCCUCCUGCUCUACCACAACUUCUUCACUGGACAAAAAAAAUAGUUCUCUCUCAGCUCAACUCAUCUGGUAUUACAAUCAAAUUCCUCAACGGACAACAAAUUGACCUGGAUAUCUGCAGAAAGAAGUUGGAAAUCUAAAGCACUAUGUCUUCAAUUGCAACUUACUACAAUGGGAAGUCAGUACUUAUUACAGGAGCGACAGGUUUUAUGGGCAAAGUACUUGUGGAAAAGCUCCUGCGCUCCAGCCCAGACGUGAAAACAAUUUAUAUUCUUGUGCGGCCCAAAGCUGGACAAUCAAUGCAAAAUAGAGUGGAGGAUAUGGUGAAAUACAAGUUGUUUGACAGACUCCGUGAAGAGUGGCCCAAUUUUCAUGAGAAGAUUAAACCAAUUAGUGCUGAACUCACCUACCCAAACUUGGCUAUCACUCCAGAUGACACUGCAGAGCUUCUGUCUGAAGUCAACAUUGUUUUCCAUUGUGCUGCAACAGUUCGCUUUGAUGAACCACUAAAGCAUGCCCUUUUGCUAAAUGUCAGGGGCACACAGCAGCUCCUGGUACUGGCUCGCCGGAUGCAAAAUCUUGAGGCUUUCAUCCACAUUUCAACUGCCUAUGCAAACUGUAAUCGGAGGUACACAGAGGAAAUUGUUUAUCCUCCUCCCGUGGAGCCGAGGAAACUUUUUGACCUUGUGGAGUGGAUGGAUGAGUCCCUCAUUCAAGACAUCACACCCAGACUGAUUGGGGACUGGCCCAAUACCUACACAUUCACCAAGGCCUUGGCAGAAUACCUGCUACAGCAGGAGAAAGGGAACUUAAAUGUUGCCAUCAUUCGGCCAUCCAUCGUGGGAGCCAGCUGGCAUGAGCCUUUUCCUGGCUGGAUUGACAACAUCAACCACUUCAAUGGCUUCCUCAUUGCGGCUGGAAAAGGGAUUAUACGAACUGUAAAAUGCAAUUUAAAGGCAGUAGCAGAUAUUGUUCCUGUAGAUGUUGCUAUCAAUUUAACCCUUGCUGUUGGAUGGCAUACUGCAGUUCAAAAACCAAAAUCAUUGUUGAUAUACAACUGUACAACUGGUGGCACAAAUCCAUUUUGUUGGGGGGAAAUGGAACCUCUCGUCUUAUCUGCAUACAAGAGGAUUCCCCUGGAGAAAGCCUUUAGAAUACCUAAUGGCAACAUGACAUCAAGCUACUUGAUGCACCAAUAUUCAACAAUUGUCAGUCACACGGUCCCAGCCUUUCUCUAUGAUUUGUAUCUGAGGCUAACUGGAAAGAAGCCAAGAAUGAUGAAGCUAUUCAACCGCCUGCACAAGUCCAUGGCAGUCUUUGAAUAUUUUGCCAGCUCUACCUGGGAAUGGAGUUCAGACAAUGUGAACAUGUUAUUGAAUCAACUUAGUCCAAAAGACAAGAAAUUAUUCUACUUUGAUGUCCGUCAGCUGCAUUGGUCAGAAUACAUAGAAAACUAUUGCUUAGGAACAAAGAAAUAUCUCUUGAAGGAAGACAUGGCUGGAAUUCCUGAAGCAAAGCGGCACUUGAGAAAGCUAAGGAAUAUUAAGUAUGCACUCAACACAACACUUCUUGUGACCAUCUGGUAUGUAUUCAUUGCAAAGUCACAAAUGGCUCAGAACAUGUGGCACUUCAUCGUGAACCUCUGCUACAAGUUCCUUAGCUACUUCAGAUCUUCUAGCACCCUCAGGCAAUGAAGUAUAACUCCAGUUACUGAACACCAUCAUCUCACAGAAGAUCCUCAAUUUCUUCAAACAACAACUGUAGGUGUUUCAAAAUAGGAGAGUAUAUCUUAACUGCCACAUUGGCCAGAAUUCAGCAUAUACAGGACUGAAGAUUUGAACAUCUUGAAAUAUUUGCCUCCUUUCCUCAAUGAAAAGUUGAAAAUUAACAUAAACUGACAUCUUUUACCUUCAAUAUAAAAUGCUACCUAGGAGCAAGGGAGAGAGAGACUUUGAAACAAUAUGGAUUUUUCUUCAGCAAGCCACCAUCAACAGUGUCAGAUUUUGAGUAGUGCUUUUCAAUUUAAGGGAAAAAUGUACACAGAAUGAGGCAAGUAAUUGCAUCUAUCAUAGUUUUCAGUAAAGUUAGCUUUAUAGUGGCAUACAGGGUAUUAAUAUUUAAGAAGAUUUUGCAGUUUAGUGAGCUGCUUAUGAAAAACAAGCCCUACUUUUGUAAUCAGAAGAAAACUUGAAUCAGGGACAUAGCACUGCAUUGUUCCUGAUAAUUAUGUGGGUAAAAAUUAUGAUUUGAACUUUUAUGCCUGACUAAACUUACCUUCCAAAUGAAAAUGUAGUUGAAUUAUUACAUGCAUGACUUUAUUCUAUCUUGCCACUCUCCCAGCAUUUAAAACACUGCAAGGGAAGUCUGCCAUAAGAAAAUUUAGCUUAU